AUUCAGUAGAUUUUUUGCGGCUCCAAAAGUCGGACGUGUUCGUGGUUAUUUAUUUUAUUUUUUUUUUAGAAAUGCAAACACUUGCCAACAUUAAAUACGUGUACUGCAUUUGUUUAUAAGUGAGCGUGUAGUGAAUGCGAAUGCAACAAUGUUCGCUGUAACCAAGUGUGAUUGACUACCAAUUGUAGGGACCUAUAGUAACAACUACAAAUGAUCAAGCACACAAACAACAAACACAAUAAUAAUAAAAGCUGAAAUAGAAACAACAGCAACAACCACAACAACAAACAACGCUACUGCGUUAGCGCAACUGAUUGAACGCCUCUCUCCUCUCGCCGCCUGUGACACGACAACACAGCGCAAACCAAAACACAGCAGCGCAACGGCCUGCUCAAGAAAAGAAGAUCUUCAUAGCGAACGUACAAUCAAAACCAUCUCAAAUGAUUGAGAAUCCCGCACGAACAGCUAUGACGGAGGAGAUAACCGGCAAUUGGAGCUACUAUGUGUAUAUAUCACUAACGUUGGUUCCAGUCUAUUUGGCAUUUCAGCUCAUUAAGUUUUUGGGCUGGCAGCUAUUUGUGAACAACUGAGCAAAUAGCCAACGCACAGCCAACACAUCCCAGCCAUCAACAACAUCAACAAUAACAACACCAACAACAACACUUGCCAGACAACACCAAGCAGUGAGCAGCCAACACAGCGGAGUCAUAAUCACAAUUGAAAUUGGAAUUGCAGUUGAGAGUUUGGAGCUGAAGCCGAAGUUGGAAACUGCUGUUCUAAAAGGUGCGUAGUCACUUGAAGGCAGUCGCCGCUGUCAGUCGAAAGUCGUUGAGUGCGCGUAAAGGACCGAAGUGUAGGACUCUGAGCACUGCAGGCUCAGCCCAAUUUUCAGCUCCAGUCAGACAGUCAGUCAGACAGUCAGCCAGGCAGCUAGGCAGUCAGGCCUGGCCUCGUCGUUGCAUCCAUACACAAACAACGCUCUCACUGACAAGGACCCAUCCGGACGACACGCUGGGAAUACAAAAAAAAAAAAAAAAAAAAAUAAUAAUAAUAAUAAAAAAUAAAAAUUGAAGCGAGAGGCAAAUACAAAUAAAAAGAGAUAGCGAUAGAGAUAGGAAUAGAGAUAGAGAUAAAAAGUGUACGAAACGAGAAGCUGAAGAGAUCGUUAAGCGCAUGUCCUUUGCCCAAGCCGUGCAUAACGGAGUAUAUAAAACAUAAUUUGCCUAAGUAAAUAUGUUUAAAUUCAAUAAAAAUAGCGCAGUUAGCGCAGAGAACAGAGUAUGAAAGCAACGUAAGCGAUAUAAAUAACAAAAUUAACCGGAAAAAGAAGAAAAGAGAAAACGGAAGAGCGCAGACAGAGAGAGAGAGAGAG